UUCAUUUACACACAGUGCGAUUUUCUGCGGAAUUCUGUCAGGUUUCGCAUUAUAUUUCAAGAAAAAAUAAAUGUUCACAACAUGCACGUGAGAGUGAGAAUAUUUGGUAAACCGGACACUAUUGUAGUGGUUGAAUCGAAGCUGACGAAGAUUGAACAGUUUCGCAAGAUAAUAAAAGAUAAAUUCGACGUGCAACCAAAGUUACAACGUUUGCUGUACGGCGGCAAGUUGCUAGAAAAUGGUUAUACAUUCCAUGAUUAUAACAUCAAGCUCAAUGAUGUUAUCCAGCUUAUGGUUAAAGUGCAGGCGGAGGACGUACCUAAAAAAGAGAAGACUGAUAGUGAAAAAAGUGAGAAAAAUGUAGAUAGCGAAAAAGAUAAGGAUAAAAUUGAGUACAAAGACGCUGAAAGCAGCUUGUAUGCUGUUGGAGACUUAGUAGAUAUGAGGGAUAUGGAACAGGGUGCUUGGUUGGAAGGAAAGAUAGUAAGAAUAGUGUAUGACCCUAAAACCCACCAUAUAUCUGACACAGUUAAUGAUAAGCACUCUGAGACUAAAGAUUCUAAAUCAAGUUCAGACAAAGAAAGUGAUUCAGAGAACAAUCCACCAGAAGAAGCAAGUUCUGAGAGCAGAGCAAAAAAGAAAGGAAUUGCUAAAUAUUUUACUAAAAGUCCAAAAUCGGUGAAGAAAAAACCAAUUGAAAUAGAUUUGAAGAUUGAAAAUUCAAACAAUGUCACUGACGCUAACUUAUUGUAUAAAGUUCAACUGGAUUCUGAUGACGAGGAUUCAAAUCUCUAUUGCAAGUUAAAAGACAUAAGACCAAGGGCACGGAAAGAAAUUGACGUUGCUGACUUGAAAGCUGGGCAGAAAGUUAUGAUCAACCAUAAUACUGACGAACCUUUAGAAAAAGGUUAUUGGUAUGACUUCAAAGUAGACGAAAUAAAGAAGCUUAGGACAAGUUACGAGCUGAUCGGGACACUCUACUUGGGUGCUGAUGCUGUGCCUCAAAACGACACCAGGGUGAAAGUACACGACAAGAUCUUCAGCGUCGAAGAGGUGGUGCCCGUUGACCAGAGAACUGAAGAGUACAAGAAGAUGAUGGUCACGCCACCAGAAAAAAGAGCUCUGCCAUUGAAUUGUCUGACGUGCCGAGACGACGAAGACGCGCCGUGCAAGGACUGCGGGUGUUAUCUCUGCUCUGGGAAAGAAUUUCCUGAAAAAAUUGUCCUAUGUGACGAAUGCAACAACGGUUACCACAUGAACUGCCUCUCGCCGCCGCUCAAAGAGCUACCCGACGAAGACUGGUACUGCCCGUCGUGCAAGCGGGACCCCACAGAUGUGGUCGCCCCCGGCGCGGCCAAGCAGGCCAAGAAGACCAGCGCUUCCAAGACUAGCCGGGACUGGGGACGCGGGAUGGCUUGUGUUGGCAAGACGAAAACAUGCGCCAUGCCCCCAAACCACUUUGGCCCCAUCCCAGGCAUUGAAGUGGGCAUGUGUUGGAGAUUCAGAAUACAACUGUCCGAGUCGGGCGUCCACCGGCCUCCAGUGUCCGGCAUCCACGGACGGGACGUGGAAGGCGCUUACAGCAUCGUGCUGUCCGGCGGCUACGAGGACGACGUCGACCACGGCAACGAGUUCACCUACACGGGCAGCGGAGGCCGAGACCUGUCCGGGAACAAGCGGACGGCAGAACAGUCCUGUGACCAGACAUUGACGAGGGAAAACAAAGCACUAGCGCGGAACUGCGCCGUGAAACAGAUCAGCGAGGAGGGCGGCGACGCGGGCGCAGACUGGCGCAGCGGCAAGCCGGUCCGCGUCGUGCGCUCAUACAAGAUGCUCAAGCACUUCCCUAAGUACGCGCCCAAGGAGGGGAUUCGGUACGACGGUAUCUACAAAGUGGUGAAAUACUACCCAGAGAAGGGACUGUCAGGGUACCGAGUGUGGAAGUACCUGCUGCGAAGGGACGACCCUAGUCCCGCGCCCUGGGAACCAGACGCCAAGCAGUACCCCAUCGUCUACCCUGAUGGCUACCUAGAGGCUGAAGCCGAGAAAAAAGCCCUGAAAGAAAAGUCCGGCAAGAACGGCAAAGCGAAGACAACUAAAACCUCUAAAAAGAGAGCGCUUAGGGAAAGCAAUCAGACAACGGAAUCGGAGGGCGAGGCUUCCCCACCUGUGAAGAAACGGAAAACCUCUCAGGAAGAUAAGCAGAAGAAGAAAGACAAACCUGCAAAGAACGCCAGCAUAACAGAGAGUCCGAAAGCUAAGAUACCAAGCAUCUUCAACAUCAAGAGUCCGAAGAGCGCGAAGAAAGCCAAAGAUGCGGACAGCGGGCUGUCCGCUGAGGAGAGGGACGUCGUCAAGGAGGAUUCGUUGAACGUCAAGCUGUGGGAGGAGUGCAUUGAAAUUUGUGACACCAAAGGAAAGAAGGAAUUCGUGGAACAUGUGACACAGGUCUUCUUGUGCAUCAUUUGCCAAGAGGUUGCAGUCAGCCCGGUGACCACGCCAUGUCUGCACAAUUUCUGCAUGGCAUGCAUAAAGCUAGCGUUCAAAUCAACCGGUUCCCAGAGCUGUCCGUGCUGCCGCCAGAACCUGGCCAAGUACGAACCAGAGCCGAAUGAGAAGCUGAUGGCUGCUCUCAGGAGUAUCCUCCCAGGGUACGACUCGGGGAAGAAAUGACGAAGGAAAUUUAUGUACAAGGCGACACAAUAUCGCGUACGUAGACAAUUUACGUUACUCUGGUUAUAUUUUAAGGCUAAGGUUACAUUUGCAAGUGUUUUUUGAUGAUUCCUGUAUGGUAUAUUGUUAAUAUUCAACGUUAUUGAAAACGAUUUUAAUAUUUCAAAUUACUUGUAGUGUGCAAUGUUUCUUGAUUAAUAAGGUACGAUUUUUUUAAACAAUUGUUAACUUGUUGGUGGGUUGUAACCUACAGUUGAAUUAGCCACGGCUAGCGGAAGGUUUGAUUAGACGAAUUACAGAUUCAAAAGCCUUAUUUUUUCUACAUUUAUUAUAAAACACCAUUGCUGUGCAGUUACUACUGCUACGAUUUGCACCAUAUGUGGUCAGGCUCUAUUUAGGUGGUCAAAAACAUUGAAGUAAAGUGACUAGAGUGCAAAAAUUGUUUGUCAAGAUUGUGUUGUCCUGUUCAAUUAUGUGUGAUACAAGUUCAGUUUUAAUUUAGUUGUAUGACUCCAUAAAUAACUUGUAGCUAGUGAUUCUUGAUGAAUAUCAACAUUUGUUACGUUGCCAGCUAUGUGAUAUUCAUAAAUUUUACUGAUGCAUUAUUUUAAUUUAGGUGACGUUGUAUCACUGUAAUAUUUUGAUUUCUUUGUUAAUGUCUUUAAUUAAUAUUAUUAUAAUGUGAUUAUGUAAUGUUUAAAUGUUAUUGAAGUAUUUUUAUAAUUAAACUUUUAAGUAUUAACGACUUAUCUUGUGUUUGUAAGUCCAAUCAUGUAACGUUGAAACAAGUACAGUUUGUUGAUGUAUUCUCCAAAAUUUAUAAUUUUGUAGAAUUAAAUUGUACCUAUCUUUUCAAAACUAAUCAUGUAAGCGCGUGUAGUUUUCCUGAAUUUCCGAAUUUUUCUAGAUUUCAAUUACAAUUUAUCAACGCUCAGCUGUUUACUUUGUAUCGGUUGAAUGACCGGGCUUCCUGGGACUGGAAUUCACAGUUUCGAAACAAUAAAAUUGAUUCAGUUAAUAAUAAACAAAUAAUGAUGAAGUUUAUUCGUGCAUUAAAUUCCAUUGUUAAUAGCUGUCGAAAAUAAACAUUGUAGUGAAGGCAGACUUAUUUACCUGCCCAUAUGAACAAUGCUUAUAGUUUUAAAUGGAUUCAUUUGAUGACAUGCGUUGCGAUUUUUUUUGUACUUUGUAUUUUUUAUGAAGUAAAUAAAAGCCGUUUUAGAUGAAAAUACUAAUCUACCUCGAUAAUACCUAAGUUCCGAUAAGUUUCAAGUUUUGAUAACUUCAUAAUUUAAUAUUAUUCAAACUCAUCUCUUUAAUACUGUUGAUUGUUAAUCCAAAUUAAAAGACAGAUACUUUCAAACUAAGUAAAAUAGUUCAUGAUGCAAAGAACUUCACAGCCAAGUAUGAUCAGGGUAGUUAUACAGGUAGGUAUAGCUCGUUUCAUCCACGAAGACGCGCCCCACCACAUUUUGGUCUCGGUCGCGCGGGGUGCGGGGAGUUUUAACCGACCAAUCCGAGCGGCAUUAUUGUAGUGUGCGUGUGCACUCAUGGAUAAUUUAGCCUGUACCGAUAACUAUAGUGGAAGAAUGGUGGGGCGAGUCUUCGUGGAUGAAUUGAUCUACGUAUAAAUAGUUUGAGUUAUUGAUUGUUGAUGUCAGUAGAUAGAUCUAAUUAGUAUUAUUAACGCUCAUUACUGAUGGUUUGUUUGGAAACAAUGGCCUCAAGUUUUCCAUAUGCUCGGUAUAUUUGUAACUUAGUAAACAAUGUUAUCUGCAUGAAAUUUAAAAAAGUGAAAAGGGAAAUACUUUUGUGGCUUAGAUCUGCACAUCUUUUUUACCGGUCUAAAGAUGCAUUCGAAACAUAUUUAAUAGUGUUAAUAUUAAUGUAUUUGAUGUAGUACAAAUGGUAGAUUUAGAUUAUUAAGUAUUUUUAAUGCUAGUGCUGUGUAAAAGUAGCGCAUAUCGUAUUCAAAAUUUUUCUAUGAUAAUAAAAAUAAAAACAACGUGAACAAAUUUUCUCACGUAUACCGUACGUUAGAAUUGUAGUGUAGUGUUGUACAAUUGGCCGACUUCAAAUAUUCGAUGGCGUUGUUUUACACAAAUGUAGCCUUAUAACAUAAACGUUUUUACAACCACAGUAACUAAAUGUAACUGUGUGCUAGUUGUAUUAAAUUCUAUUUUGCAACAAAAUAUUAUAGUCGGAUGUGCUGUUGCUGUACUUGUUUUAAAACACAAAAAUUGCGAGUAGUUUUAGUUAUUUUGAUAUUCAUUUAAGCAUUCCUCAUUUUAAUUGUAAGUAAACAGUUAUAUUUUGUAUUUCCGAAUCAUGGUUGUAUUUGUACAUUCACUAUUUAAUGUAGGUUAAUAUUUAACAGUACUUAGUAUAAACAGGCUUUUAGUAAGGCUUUGGUUCUCGGUUAAUUUUAUGUUAGUGACAAGUGAUACGCGGAAAAGCGACGCCUGGUUAGCCGAUUUUUCUUAGGGUUAAUUAUUGGUUAGUUGACUGACACCAUACUAUAAUUACAUAAUUCCAAGGCACAAUUUCCCCAACAACAUAGACCUGAAAACCUAAAGCUUUGAAAUAAUAAAUCGAGUUCUCAAUGAUAAAUAUACGAAAUCUAUAACAGAGAAUCUCCUGUAUAAAAAAUAGAGUUUGGUGUGUCAACUAACGAAUUCUUAACGUGUGUCAUAGUGUAAAGAACAAUAACUGUGAGUUACAUUUAUAACUUUGAAAUAAAUAACAUGUAGAGUCACUCUUUAGUCUAUUCCUACGACAGCGUUGCCAUUAUUUUUGUUCUUUUCACUGUGAUUGUAAAUACUGUGGAUGUUCACCAAAUGUUAUAUUUGUUUUAGUUUUAUUUUUGAUCUGCGGAAAUUAUUGUUAUUUUAAGUAGGCAUUAUAUUUGCAGUGUUAACCAAAACAUUCGGGCCUAAGCAUUAAUUGAUGUUGAGCGAAAUAAUUACAUAAUCUAUGUUUUGUGGUGUGGAAUAAUUAAAAUAUUAAUUAUAUCGAGGCGAAGUAUUUCUGUGAAGCAAUUAUUAUUAUUUAUGACAUUUUAACAGUAAUUCAGUUCCCUGAUUCGGCUGGAUCACAUUAUCCCCUAAAAUGUUGUAGGUUGUUUAAAUUUUUAGAUGUGGCAACAAACUAUAAUUAAUGCACUUUUACGGGAACCUGAGAAGCGAUUAUGUUGAUUUGAUUAAUAUAUUAUUUUUUAAAUUA